AUGCGGUCUCUUAUGGAAGGCGCUGCAGCAGGUGGCUACGAAGACUUAAUCAAACGGUGUUUGGAUGUGGACUGGCCCGAAAAGCAUACAACAGACAAAGAUGAUUGGCUGUGGCAUUUGACUCUAUUUUUAUCAAAAGCUGUGAAUGACCGCUACAUCAACAUCGUACAGUUGAUGCUUGAUAAUGGAGCAGAUCCGAAUGGUGCGCAUCCGGCCGAUGUGGAUGAACUGAACGAGGAUGGAGUGCCUGCUGUAUUAGAGGCCAUCCGCCGGGAUGAUAUUGAGAUAUUUAAGUUACUAAUCGAGAAAGGCACUGAUCCAUACCCCUCAGAACCUCCGGCAUGCCCAACUGCGUUCCAAGAAUGCACCUCACAGCCACCAAUUUCCGAUGCCAAGUUUGAGAUUAUCCGAUUUCUGGUAAAUAAGGAUUGCCUGGCCGUACCGGGAACUUACGAAUUUAGGUCCUUAAUCUCUCAGUCUGUCAAGGGAGGAGAAAGAGUUUUUGAUCUGAUCCGACAGCAUACAGGAAAGGAUAUUGCACCUCAUUACUAUGACGAGCAGAAGACACUUUGUACUGCAGCUCGCUUUGGGGAAAUAUGCAUUAUGAAGACGUAUUUUCUGCAGGAUUUGACUUUAACAUUGUCGGGGAAUCAAUGUAUUCUACUACUCGCAGCCCAGUCUGAUCAAAAUCUACGGGCAAUAGUGGAGCGCACAGUGUGUUUUCUGCUUUCUCAUGGAGCGGACAUUGAUUCACGGAAUUCUGAAAUAGGAAUGACACCUCUUCUAACUCUAUGUAGCUUAAAAAGCCCUACUGAACAGACGGCGGACACCGCGACAAUCCUUCUAGAGAAAGGCGCGAACAUAUUCACUGCCUGCAAUAACAACGAAUUUCCACUGGUAAAGGCGGCUCAACAGGAUUGA